GCUGGGUCGGGUGUAUUUCAGGAGCUCGCAGGCCCAUUGGUCUACCGGGGAAUCCAUUUCCAUAAAGAGGAUCUGAGCAUUUUGCUGAGACAUCGAAACCCACCAUAUAUACCGUAUUUCAUUUUUCUGUCUGUGGCUUUGGCAGUGUCUCCUUUUCUUCCACACAGUGUGUCUUGUCUUCGUCUUCCUCCUCUCCAUAGGUGGUGAACCGCAAAAAACGCCAAGAUGUCUGAGAAAAAGAUGACUUCCAGCCGCAGGCAUCACCUGAAGAGCCUGAUCCUUCAGAUCGCUCUGAACUGGCUCGAACAGGAGAAGAAGGAUCUGGUCGCAGCUAAGGAGGCCUACAUGGCUGAGAACUGUCCCAGUCCAGACAUGAGCGGAGACCAGAAUGCUCUUAUGGAAACCUGCAAGAAGCUCCAUGCCCUCAUCGACAAGAUCGAUGAGGACAGGUACGACGUUGAGGCCAAAGUGCAGAAGGCCGACAAAGAGAUUGAAGACCUGAAGAUCAAGGUGGUCGACCUUGCUGGCGUGAAGAAGCCCGCCCUGAAGAAGGUGCGUAUGUCUGCUGACACCAUGCUGAAGGCUCUGCUGGGCUCCAAACACACAGUCAACAUGGACCUGAGGGCCAACCUGAAGCAGGUCAAGAAGGAGACCAAGGAGGAGCCAACAGAAGCCGUUGGCGACUGGCGUAAGAACAUUGAAGACAAAGCCGACAGGAAGAAGAUGUUCGAGUCAUCUUAAACACGCCGCUGCUUUUUGUCUCUGUUUGUAUGAACUCCACGUGUCUCUUAUGUGUUGGUUUGAACGGGGCGGUUGUGUUUACAGCAGCAGGUUGGCGUUUCUGAGAGGAGUCGCUCUGUUUGAGGAUUUUAUUUCAUUUCUUUAGUUUUUUUUUUGUUUUUGUUGGACAGAGGAGGAGGAGUGUGGAGGGUUUCUGCAGGUUCACACACCGACACACAACACCAAGUCUUAAAACUCCACACAUUUAGAAAACAUUCACACCCGACUGAACCAUCAUGUUGAACACAAACAAUAAAGUCAAAUGUGGAAGAAAAUGAAACCAGA